AUGUCUAAAAUGAUUUCUGUUCUUUGUCUUCUUUUCAAUUUACUCGUGAUCUGCCAGAGUCAGUGUCCUGAUGAUGGCAAUGUCACUCCAUCUCUUGUGUAUCUCCCAUUGCCAAUUGGAGAAACGGCGCUUAUCAAGUGUCCCGUGAGGCAUGUUGAGUUCUACGAUGUGACUUGGAGGAAAAGGGGUGCGAAAGACAACGUACUCGCUAGUCCGAAAUUUUCUGCCACCUACAACAACACCGUUCAUUAUCUUCGGAUUGAGAACGUCACAGAAAGUGACGCAGGAGUUUACACUUGUUCCGUAGAAUACGCUGUGAAAUUGCUUCCGAAACCUUCAAGCACAGAUCCAGCAAUCAUUGACAUCACAGAGGAUCAGGAGAUAAACGUUGGAGACACGGUUGAACUCAAUUGUACUCUCUUGAAUGCCGCAGGAGAGUUUAACCUGUGGUCCAAAGACGGCACUGCUCUCACUGCCGAGCGGACAUUCAUAUUCCCUCGCGAGCGAAUGUCUGUCCGCUACGAAUAUCCAAAUUACACACUCAAGAUUGAGAAUGUCCAGGAAGAAGACGCGGGAAAGUACAAAUGUAUAAUUGGCUCAUAUCCUGAGGCCGUUGAAAAGAGUGUGGAGCUGAAAGUCAACCCCAAAAAUUGA